CAUGGCGCACUGUCAGCUGGGCAUUUGGUUUCUGUGCCUGUCAGGGUUCGCAGGCCGCUGCCCAUGGCGACAGCUGUGGAGAGGGUCAUGUCUGGGGCAGGAGCGGGCAGGAACAUGCCCAUCCCACCCAGCAGGGGACCGUCGUCAGGGGCAAGAAUCUCCGACAGGUGUACGACCGCUGUGGCGUCGUAUGGACGAUGAGGAGGAGGACAUGUCGUCGCAGCCUAUCACCUCUCCGCACUGGGGAGCCCUGCCCAAUGGGAACUUCAAGACGGACGGGACGGACGAGGCGUCCGCACAGCACCCACCUUACGCCCCCGCGCCCUCUCUGCCCCGCCGUGGGGACGCACCCCUGGGCCUCGAACACAACGCUCAGCCCUGUGGCGGCUCACAGCCUCUUGCACUCUCACACGGAAACCGCUCCAGUCCCGUCGCCUCCUCACCCGCUCCUCACCCCAUGGACGACCGGGGGGAGCGGCCCGCCCGCCUGGACGAGGGGGGGGACCCCCGGGAGCGGCAGGACCCCCGGGAGCGGCAGGAGCAGGACGAAGAGGGCGGAGGCGAGGGGAAUCGCGGCUCGUUGGCGCGUGCGGCGGUGAGCGUUGAGGUGGAGAUCGGGCGCAAACUGCGGCAGAUAGGGGACAAGUUCAACCAAGACCACACUGAGCUGAGGCGUCUCAGGGAGGCUCUGCCGGUGUGGAUGCGUCUCGCUGCCGCCCUGCUGGGCCUGCUGUUCCCCCGAGAAGCCAUGGUCCCGCCGAGGGCGGAGCCCAGAUGA